AUGUAUAGACUGCCAAACUGCAGGGAUACGCAAGCAACUCUGGCGGUUUUGGAUACACUAGACACGGAUUUCAAUAAAGAAGAUGAUCCAAUUGCUCGCGAACGGGAGAUAAUGAAGAAGUUUGGGUGGGAGGAAGAGUAUUUUCAUGGCCGAAUCAAUCACUGGAUGAAAGCUAAACCGAAAAUUUGGGCCUUAUUUGAUGAGCCGUAUUCAUCUCAUGCUGCAAAGGUGAUAGCGGCGAUAUCAGUUUGUUUCAUAGUGAUCAGUAUGGUCUCAUUUUGCAUGAAAACGCACCCAAAUUUUCGUAUAACUGUAUUGUCCAUAAGAAAUAUCACGAAUAAUUAUAUCGGAAUACAAAGGACGUCCACGGAACCUCACCGAGCUUUUAGUCAGAUUGAGUAUUUAUGUAAUAUCUGGUUUACGUUUGAAAUAUUGGUGCGAUUUAUAUUUUGUCCAAGCAAAUGGCGUUUUCUCAGAUCCCCAAUAAACAAUAUAGACCUGAUUGCUACGCUAAGCUUUUACAUGGAUAUCGUAUUGGUGCGCAUAUUGGACGAGGAAGCGCCCAAAGAUGUUGUUGAGUUUUUGUCUAUGAUCCGCAUACUUCGGUUAUUCAAGCUUACGCAACAUCAUCGGGGCCUCCAGAUUCUCAUUCAUACAUUCCGUGCCUCCGCCAAAGAGCUAAUUUUGCUGGUAGGCUAUGGUGAUAUGACGCCGCAUACAGCGCUCGGUCGCCUAGUGGGCAGUCUGUGCGCAAUAAUGGGUGUGCUGACCAUUGCGCUUCCCGUCCCCGUCAUCGUCAGCAACUUCGCAAUGUUCUACUCCCAUACGCAGGCCAGGGAAAAAUUACCCAGAAAGAGGAGACGCGUACUGCCCGUUGAACAGGUAAUUUGCUAUUUUAAUUUUCUUGCUCUUCAUAUCUGUGAGACUGUUCUGUAA